CCAUAUCCCUUGACUUGCGGUUUCUUGGUACUAGUUCUUAAAGAGCUUGCCCUAAGCUUCUCUCUUUGUGUGACUUGACUGUGAGUUAAACACACACACACAGCUAAGCUCCUUUAAAGUCACCAGAAAAGGUGGCUGAUCCUUCGGAGGCAGAACCCUUCUCAGGAAGCAUAUAAUGGCUUCAAAUUAAGUGAACUUCUUGUGGGUUUCUUGAAUCUCCCUCUGGCCAUCUCUUUUGAUCAUCAGGAGUUCAGGUUCUUUCUAGGGUUUCUUCACAGUUGGAGCUUUGUUCCUCUUUUAGACAGUUAAAGCUGUGUUCUUUCUAGGGUUCUUUCUAAGUUGAGAGAGAGAGAAUGGAUGAGAGAGGUGAAACUGACAAAAUGGAUGAAAUCAUGCUGCCAGGGUUUAGGUUUCAUCCGACCGAUGAGGAACUGGUUGGUUUUUAUCUGAAGAGGAAGGUUCAGCAACGACCGCUCUCCAUUGAAAUCAUCAAGCAACUAGACAUCUAUAAGUUUGAUCCAUGGGAUCUCCCAAAAAUGGCAACAACUGGUGAGAAAGAAUGGUACUUCUAUUGUCCGAGGGACCGGAAGUACAGAAACAGUGCAAGGCCUAACCGAGUAACUGGAGCUGGGUUUUGGAAAGCCACCGGAACUGAUCGACCCAUCUACUCCUCAGAAGGUUCGAAGUGUAUAGGAUUGAAGAAGUCCCUUGUUUUCUACAAAGGUAGAGCUGCUAAAGGGAUCAAAACUGACUGGAUGAUGCAUGAGUUUCGUUUACCUUCUUCACUCACUGUCUCUGACUCCAUCUCAUCCCCACACAAGAGGUUCUUGGACAAAAACAUACCUCCCAAUGAGUCAUGGGCAAUUUGCAGGAUCUUUAAGAAAACUAUCUCUACUGCACAAAGAGGUAUCUCACAAUCAUGGGUCUCCCCAAUAUUACCUGAAACAACCACGUCUGAGAUACUUUCUCAAGGACCUCACAGUACUCAGUUCACUUCAGAGAACAUGUCACUGACACCAAACAAAUCAAGCUCAGCAUUCCAAUUUAGCUCUAACAAUGAUCUUCAACAGUCAUGUAUCACUGCCAGUUUCCCACCUCUAUAUGUUCCCUCCUACUACAAGCCCAUCAACCACAUGGCUACCAAACCUCUUUCACUUGGAGACCUUCCCACAGCCUACCCAUUUUCGUCACUCGUGAACUUGCCGGGACCCUCUAAGUGCACAGUUGAUGAACCUUCCAUGUUCCUAAACAUGUCCUCUACUACCAUGUUUGGAGAUUUUGGCAAAGCCUCUGAGAGCACAGAGUUCAGUGGAUUGCAAGAGCAGUGUAAUGGUUUCUCAAUAGCAUUACCACAAGAAGUGCAAGGCAGCGGAAGUCAUGGAGAAGAGAUAAAUUUGAUGAGGGACCCAAAUGGGGCACAUUUUGAUGAGCAGUGGGGGACUAUGAGAUCUGUUGGAAUUCCCUUCAGUUUGCCUUCAAAUUUGGUGUGGGAUUCUUCUCCCUGUCCAAGUGAAAUGUCCACUAGCUUUUCCACUAACAAGUGCUACUCUUGAAAAAAUAAAGUUGGUACACACUUACACAAGCUAGAACCAUUGUUUUAAUUGCCAGUUUUGUUGAUUUAAGUUUAGCCUCAUUGUUAGAACAACAAUCUGUAUCUGUCUAGCUAGGAGUAGUAGUGUAGGUACAAUCUUUGUGUCGGGACUAGAAUUUCUUGUGUACUUGAUCUAAUCACAAAUCGAAGGAUUAAAAUUUUCUUA